GCAGUGAGCAGGUAGGGACGCAACGCUUCUCUUUUUCACACACCUUGAGUGACUCUUUCCAGUAUUUUUGACGUUAUGAAGAGAAUUUGAGACCUUAGACAAUGUUUUACCUCCUCCUUGGGACUCUCUUCCUGUGGGUCUCCUGUGCGGCUCAACAUAGACCAGGGGAGACCAACGGAGAUUCAACCAUCGCAGAGAAAGGAUUGUUUCCUCAUGUCAUCAACUUAGCCACCCGCGCCCGCAUCGCAGCUAAUGCCACCUGCGGCGAGGACGGGCCAGAGGUGUAUUGCAAGCUGACAGAUCACUCUGGGAACCGUGCACCUCAGUGUGGUGUGUGUGACGCACGCUCUCCAGACCCCACCAGGCAACACCCCAUCACCAACGCCAUAGAUGGUACACACUCGUGGUGGCAGUCCCCCACCCUCGCCGCCGGCAGGAAGUACCAGUGGGUCACCAUCACACUUGACCUCGAGCAGGUGUACCAGGUAGCCUACGUGAUCGUGAAGAGUGCAGUGUCGCCCCGUCCUGGCAACUGGGUACUGGAACGCUCCCUGGAUGGUCGCGCCUUUCACCCUUGGCAAUACUACGCCCUCUCUGACGCUGAGUGCCUCACAGCCUUCGGUGUACUCCCCACCCAGGGACGACCCACCUACACCUCAGACACACAGGUCAUCUGCACUUCAUAUUUUUCAAGACUCAAUCCCCUGGAAGGCGGCGAGGUACACACAUCACUAGUGAACGGUCGUCCAGGAUCUGCAGGCCCAUCGGAGGCUCUGCGUCAGUUCACAGAAGCUCGCUAUGUUCGUCUGCGCCUUCAGAAGAUACGCACGCUGCACGGUGACCUGCAGGGACGCUCAUCGCAGUCUGACGCCUCUGUUACGAAGCGCUACUUUUAUUCUAUCAAAGACAUCAGCAUUGGUGGUCGAUGUGUGUGUAACGGUCAUGCUAUCAACUGUGACACUGAUGAACGCAGGCAGCUAGCAAGAUGUGCGUGUGUGCACAACACAUGUGGAGACAAUUGUGACACGUGUUGCCCACUAUACAAUCAGAAGCCAUGGCGGGCUGGCAACUUCAGUGACGGCGGCGUGUGUGAAAAAUGCCAGUGUUAUGGUCAUGCUGACUUGUGCACGUAUGAUGCAGAAGUCUCCAGGAAACGUCUGUCCCUCAAUACAAGAAAUGAAUACGAGGGUGGUGGUGUCUGCCAGGGCUGUCAGCAUGAUACGCAGGGUAUCAAUUGUGAGCAGUGUAAGCAAGGAUUCUACAGACCUCAGGGUGUCUCUCCAGACGCACUCAGGCCAUGUCAGCCUUGCGAGUGUUCUGGUCCUGGAACCACAGGACAUUGUGUCCAAGAUGACUCUCAGUUCAACCUGGGCUUCUUUCCUGGAGCCUGCAUCUGCAAAGACGGAUUCCAUGGACCUCGUUGUAAUCGUUGUGCAAAGGAUAUCGGCACUUCCCACUGUGUGAGCCAUGCCCUUGUGAUCGUGCUGGCUCUCUCAGUGAAGAGUGUGAUGGCGAAUGUGUCUGUAAGGCAAAUGUGGUAGGUCCUCACUGCGACACCUGUGCCCCAGGACACUUCUACCUUGAUCCACGCAAUCCAGCUGGUUGUACAUCUUGCUACUGCAAUGGUGCAACAAACUCAUGUGAUGCAGCUAGAUUGGCUGUCUA